AGCGGCUGGAUUGUAAUGGCGGCUUCUCCUUAUCGUCCAUACUGCAGCCGGCUGGUUGGGAUUUGCCUUCUCCUGGGGGCCCUGUGGGAAACCCGGGCUGAACAGAUCCGCUACUCUGUGCCCGAGGAGCUGGAGAAAGGCUCCUACGUGGGCAACAUCGCCAAGGAUCUGGGGCUGGAGCCCCGGGAGCUGGCGGAGCGCGGAGUCCGCAUCGUCUCCAGAGGUAGGACGCAGCUCUUUGCUCUGAACCUGCGAAGCGGCAGCUUGGUCACCGCGGGCAGGAUAGACCGGGAGGAGCUCUGUGAUAGAUCUCCAAAGUGUGUAGUAAGCCUGGAGAUUCUCCUAGAGGACAAAGUGAAGAUUUUUGGAGUAGAAGUGGAAAUAAUAGAUGUUAAUGAUAACGCGCCCAACUUUGGGGCAGAGCAAAGGGAAAUAAAAGUCGCUGAAAAUGAAAUUCCUGGGACAAGAUUCCCUCUUCCUGAAGCUUUUGAUCCGGAUGUAGGGGUAAACUCUCUGCAGGGUUACCAGCUCAACUCGAAUGUUUACUUUUCUCUGGACGUGCAAAACGGAGCUGAUGGGAUAAAGUACCCUGAAUUGGUGCUGGAGUGCGCCUUGGACCGCGAGAAAGACGCAGUUCACCAUCUGGUUCUCACCGCCUUCGAUGGAGGCGACCCAGUUCACUCUGGCACUACCAGGAUUCAUGUAACACUUAUGGAUGCGAACGACAAUGCCCCACUAUUCACUCGGCCCGAGUACCAUGUGAGUGUUCCAGAGAAUAUACCGGUGGGCUCCCGAAUCCUCACCGUAAAAGCCACUGAUCCAGAUGAAGGAGCCAAUGGAGAAGUGACAUAUUAUUUCCGGAAAGUAAGAGAUAAAAUAUCCCAGCUGUUCCAGUUGAAUUCUGAGACUGGAGACAUAACAAUAUUGGAGGAUUUAGAUUAUGAGGACUCUGAAUUCUACCAUAUAGAUGUAGAAGCUCACGAUGGUCCUGGUCUCCGAGCCAGGAGUAAGGUACUGGUAACAGUGCUGGAUGUAAAUGACAAUGCUCCAGAAGUCAUGGUUACUUCUCUCGUCAGCUCUAUCCAAGAAACUUCCUCCCCAGGCACAGUAAUUGCACUUUUCAAUGUGCAUGAUAGUGAUUCAGGAGAGAAUGGCCUUGUCACGUGUUCUAUUCCAAAUAAUCUGCCAUUCACACUUGAAAAGACCUACGGAAAUUAUUAUCGAUUAUUGACACACAGCGCUCUGGAUAGAGAAAAAGUCUCAGAAUAUAACAUCACAGUAACUGCCACUGACCAGGGAACUCCACCAUUAUCUACAGAAACCCACAUCUCACUGAAGGUGGCAGACAUCAAUGACAACCCACCUGCCUUCCUUCAUGCUUCUUACUCUGCCUACCUUCCUGAAAACAAUGCCAGAGGAGCCUCCAUUUUAACCAUAACAGCCCAGGACCCUGACAGCAUUGAGAACGCCAGAGUCACUUACUCCCUGGCUGAGGACGUGCUCCAGGAGGAGCCUCUCUCCUCCUAUGUCUCUAUCAACUCUGAUACCGGUGUCCUGUAUUCACUUCGUUCAUUCGACUAUGAGCAGGUUAGAGACAUGAAACUACUGGUAACAGCCAGUGACAGCGGGGACCCUCCACUUACCAGUAAUGUGUCUCUGAGCCUAUUUAUUCUGGAUCAGAAUGACAAUGCACCUGAAAUACUGUACCCCUCUCACCCCACUGAUGGUUCCACUGGUGUAGAAUUGGCGCCCCGCUCUGCAGAACCCGGCUACCUGGUGACCAAGGUCGUGGCAGUGGACAGAGACUCCGGCCAGAACGCCUGGCUGUCCUACCACCUUCUCAAGGCCAGCGAGCCAGGGCUCUUCGCGGUGGGGCGGCACACGGGUGAGGUGCGCACGGCACGGGCCCUGCUGGACAGAGAUGCGCUCAAGCAGAGCCUGGUGGUGAUGGUCCAGGACCACGGACAGCCCCCUCUCUCAGCCACCGUCACGCUCACUGUGGCUGUGGCUGACAGCAUCCCAGAUGUGUUGGCUGACUUGAGCAGUCUUGAGAUCUCUUCAACCCCAGAGGCUUCGGAUCUCACGUUGUACCUGGUGGUGGCUGUGGCCUCGGUGUCCUGCCUCUUCCUUGCCUUUGUCAUUGUGUUGCUGGCACUGAGACUGCGGCGCUGGCACACAUCACGUCUGCUCCAGGCUUCAGAAGGUGGGUUGGUGGGCAUGUCCGCCUCGCACUUUGUGGGUGUGGAUGGGGUGCGGGCUUUCCUGCAGACCUAUUCCCACGAGGUCUCCCUCACCGCGGACUCGAGGAAGAGUCACCUGAUCUUCCCCCAGCCCAACUACGCAGACACACUCAUCAGCCAGAAGAGCUGUGAAAAAAACGAGCCUCUUUUGAUAACUCAGGAUUUACUUGAAACGAAAGGAGACCCCAAUCUUCAUCAGGUAAGUCAACGUUGCCACACUGAAACAUAG